AUGUCCGGAGAGCAGCAGGAUUGCGAUGAGAGCAUCACAGUGCCUGAUGAUCCCGUGGAUGCUUCGCGUUCAAUUAAAGCGGAAGCAGCUAAACCUAAAACAUGCAAUCUUCAGUUUACCACGGACGAAGGAUAUCGGUUGAAACUCAAUGUUACUGAUGUUACGGGACUAACUUCAACUGAUACGAAGUGCACCGAUAAUAACCUCAAGUUUGCGGAUGAUAAAACCGGCCUUGCUACAGCAACACCGUACUGUGAUAAAACAGGCAAGACCGAAUUUGAUUCUACAGGAAAUAAUAUGGCACUACAAUAUUAUGUGUCAAAGAUUGAUGCACCUGCCGGUUACAAAGCAAGUGUAAAACGAGUCUUUGCACAAGCAUCAUGCGGCACGUACCCUGAGUCAUUCGACGGUACCGAGCAAAUAUUUCAAUUCCCGGUGGACGGAAAACCAAUGGAACUUGACGUCGAGUGCAACUAUAAAAUUGUGAACACCAAAGGAUCAAAAAUCAACGUGAAGAUUAUGCACAUGAAGCUUGACGGAGCAAAGCCGUGUUCAGACGAUUAUGUGGCUUUGAGUAGUAAUGCAAAUCCGAGCUCGGCAAGUGAAUACGUUCAAUGCGGAUCAGCUGUACCCAGUGACGAUUUCAACACUACCGGAUCGGAAUUGUACUGGAAAGUCAAAGUGAAGAACUAUAAGAUUCAACCUUAUUUGAGUAUGAUUAUCAAGUCAGAAGCUGGAUUCCGAAAUGCAAAUGUGCUCGUGAUUUUCAUGUAUGCAGCAAUGAAUAUUUUGCUUACAGUUUGA